CAAGAUAAAGAACAAGGCAACAAGCAAAGCAACGGUUUCGCAGCCAUUUUUCUGGGAGGUGCCACGAUGCGGUAUUCGAGAGGUGCCGCCGUCCGUUAUCCAAGGUCCUCGACAUCAGCGCGUUCGGCGCUUGAGCAGCCCCUCGGUCAUGUGCCGCUGAUCGACCUGGGAGGUCCCGUGCAAUUCGAUCGAGCUGGGUUCUACCCGCCGCGAUCACCGUCCUUCGGCCGAGAGCCCUCUCCAGGACCAUCGUACACUUUCGUGGCGGCUUCAAAGUCGGAACCGCAGUUUACCGUGGUCUCCUUCGAAUCCUCGCACAAGCCGUCCUCCACGGAUUCGCCCCCGGAGACUUCGCAGUCUGCUGAGAGGUCCCUGGUGCCCGGCGGGCCGGGCCCCUCUGGUGCUCUGGCUGCGGCCGCGACACCUGGCGCGGAUGGUCAGCCGCUGUCUCUCCCGAGCACUAUGAUCGCUCUGUGCGUCUUCUGCCUGGUGACUGCCAGCGCCAUCGCCAUCACGGUGCUCGUGCAAGAAACCCUGGCCCGCAGGCGGGCCGGAGAUGAGGGUCACGAGGGCACCGGCACGGACCCGCCGCUGCGGCUUCAGACGGGCCCGCCAAUGGAGGCGGACCGCGCUGGCUUCGAGAUGCACUUCUCGCACCGCCGGAGAACCGUGGCCGCGGCGAUGUCUCCCAAGCAGCCGCCCUUCUUAAUUGUGACGCUUAGGCCGCGGACUACGACGCCUUCACCUGAGUGGCCGCUUACUUGGCCACCCUUCCCGGAGACGCUCCCGCCAUGGGAAGAGGACGAGUCUGAGGACAAGAAGUCUUCCUCCGAGGCGUCUAGCGACGGCGUCACCGUCUCGACCGUAGCUGCGACCUCUGCGGCCUCUGUGGUCCUGGCACAGCAACAACUGACGGAUGGGGUGGACGAGACCACACCCGAUAGCUAAAGAGCAGCGCUGAUGCCCACCGUUAGGCAGCACGUCGACUCGGAGUGAACCCUUCUGCGUCCAAGUCUCGCGCGUCUCUCGUGCGAUUGCAUUACGUCCACCGUUUGUUCUUGUAGAAAUAAAGAGCAGCUUCACUGCUCCAUUUGAGUA